GAGGCGUAGAAUAUUGAUGUCACUUGCACACGUGUGUUAUUUACGUAGACGGCGAGGCUGUACUGUACAUGUACAUGUAUGCAGCGCUCGGGCGGGUUGCGACGGUCCCCUUUUAAGUUUGCCUGCCAAAAUUGGCCUCCUCUGUGGUGAUAAAUUUCUGUUUCUUAUCUGCUGGGGGCGUAGGUGAAAAUCUGUGAGCCAGUAGUGCAGCUGCUUUGUUGGCACUGAACGCGUAUUGACAGCGUGUGGUGUUAAUUAUACUAUAGCGAGGUUCCUCGCCAAAGGACAUCGAGAGUGCACGAAUAACUGAAAAAAGUUUAACUGAACGGAGCCUAAAGUGAAUGAUGAUGUUUUUAUCACAACCAGUCGCAGUUGUAGGCCUAUUUGUGCUCCUAGUCGGCGCUGUGCCGCCACUCAUAGGCACUCAGGGCAAGAAUUUCCCCUUCUGGAACGAUUCCCUGCCGUGGGACGAGCGACUGGAUGACCUGUUGUCCCGGCUGACCCUGGACGAUGUGACACUGCAGAUGGCGCGCGGCGGGUCGGGGCCAAACGGUCCUGCCCCACCCAUCCCCCGGCUGGGCAUCGGGCCGUACGACUGGGACACGGAAUGCUUGCGCGGUGAUGUCGAAGCCGGGAACGCGACGUCGUUUCCUCAGGCGCUGGGUCUGGCUGCAACAUUCAGUACCCAGUUGCUUUACGAUGUUGCCCAGGCGACGGGGGUCGAAGUCCGAGCCAAGCACAACAACUUCACCAAGCACGGAAUCUACAAGACCCACGGAGGCCUCAGCUGUUUCAGCCCGGUCAUCAACAUCAUGAGACACCCGCUGUGGGGCCGCAACCAGGAAACAUACGGCGAAGAUCCCUUUCUCACCGGGGAAAUGGCUAGGGCCUUUGUGACUGGACUGCAGGGGAACGACCCACGCUACGUCCUGGCCAACGCUGGCUGCAAGCACUUCGACGCCUAUGCAGGGCCCGAAAAUUACCCGCAAUCACGGUUUUCUUUCAACGCAGAGGUGUCAGACCGCGACCUGUUCAUGACCUUUCUACCCCAGUUUCAUGAGUGCGUCAAGGCUGGAAGCUACAGCAUCAUGUGCAGUUACAACAGCAUCAACGGAGUACCAGCCUGUGCCAACACGAGAUUCCUGCGAGACAUCCUCCGUGACCAGUUUGGCUUUGAGGGUUACGUGGUCAGCGAUGAGCUGGCCGUGGAGUUCAUUCGCCUUGCCCACCGCUACACCAACACCUCCCUGGAAACUGCUGUGGCCUGCGUCAAAGCGGGGCUCAACUUGGAGCUCUCCAACUUUAAAAACGUGGUUUACCUGCACAUCGCCGAGGCCGUGGAGAAGCAGCUGCUCAGUGCGGACGAAGUCUUCGCCCUGGUGCGGCCCCUGUUCUACACCAGGAUGAGGCUGGGGGAGUUUGACCCUCCCGCCCGGAACCCUUACACCAAGCUCACCGUGGAUGACGUGGUGGAGAGCGAGCGCCACCGGAGCCUGGCCGUGGACGCGGCCGUCCAGAGCUUUGUCCUGCUCAGGAAUGAUGGCGUGCUGCCCCUGAAGAGCAUCAAUAAGCUUGCGGUUGUUGGACCCUUUGGCAACAAUUCAGAGCAACUCUUUGGGGACUAUGCUCCAAACUCCCUACCCGAGUACAUCACCACACCACUCCAAGGUCUGGCCAGCAUUGCCCAAUCCACACGCUUUGCGGCCGGCUGUAACCGUUCACUGUGCACUGAGUACAACCAGUCCAGUGUCCUACAGGCUGUCAGCGGGGCUGAUUUUGUUAUCGUCUGCCUGGGUUCAGGUACAUCAAUAGAAAGCGAAGGACUGGACCGGAGAAAUCUAGCCCUUCCCGGCCACCAGCUGCAACUUCUUCAAGAUGCCGUGAAAUAUGCUGGUGGCAAGCCUGUGGUCUUGCUGCUCUUCACCGCCGGACCGUUCGACAUCUCCUGGGCCGUCAACAGCCCCGACGUCCCAGUGAUCGUUCAGUGCUUCCUGCCGGCCCAGGCGACCGGUGUGGCCAUCAGGAACAUGUUUACCAACGAGCAGGGUGCCAACCCAGCGGGGAGGCUACCUUACACAUGGCCAGCAUCCAUGGACCAGGUGCCCCCAAUGACAAACUAUACCAUGGUGGACCGGACCUAUCGCUACUUCAGUGGCACGCCGCUCUACCAGUUUGGCUACGGACUCUCCUACACAGUGUUCCAGUACAAACAGCUGGUGUUGAAACCAGACCGCAUCAUGCCCUGUGACAACGUCACGUUGACUGUGACGCUGGCAAACGUGGGCAAGUACUCAGGAGAUGAGGUGGUGCAAGUAUACAUCAAGUGGGCCAACGCGACCGUCCCCGUGCCCAAGAUCCAGUUGGCGGCCUUCGAGCGUGUCAGUAUUGCCACUGGAAAGAUGACCUCGGUCACCCUGUCCAUUCCCGCCCGGGUGAGGGCGGCCUACACCGACCGCUUGGUCCUGCAGCCGGGGAGCUUUGGCGUGUUUGUCGGUGGUCAUCAGCCCGGGCGGAGCGUCGGGGGACAUCCGAGCUCCAACGUGAUGACGGGAAGCUUCCACGUGGACGGGCCAGAGACGGACCUGGCGAAAUGCCCCAAGUAAAUAUGCCGAGUUUUAUUAUAAAGCGUCUUCCUCUCAACGCAAAAGCCACUGCGACAGCAAAUUUGUGAGGCGUCACAGCAAGUGUGGGUCAUUGCCUGUUGAUGAGAUCUGAGUCACUCAUUCACCAGCAAACAUGAACACAGAUCUGCUCCACCUGGGCAAGCUUUCACACGCCCAAGUUUGCUAAAGUUUAAUGCAUUUGAGGUGUGACAAAUUUACCGUUAAGGGCUUGUGAAAUCAAACAUGCGUCGCAUUCGCAUUUGCCUGAAGAGGGAACCAUCCUUGAAAAGCAGUAAUUUUUAAAAGAGAGAAAUCCAGUUAUUUUUUCCUCUUUGGUGCACUGCCAAGGCUGUUCAUUUGGCAGGAUAUUGGCCUAAUCUGGCUUUUAAACUUCAGUGUCUACACAGUUUAAUAUGAACGCUGUCAUGAGCAUACGCAAGAUAACUGCAUGCAAAUUUUAAUGAGAUUUUUCAUAUCAGCACGAACAUUUUAGUUAAAUUGAUCAUCUUGAAAUUGAUCCCGGGCAAUAUUUUUGAAAACUAUAGAAUAUUUGUAGCUGCUGUUUUUAUAUCGGUGUUUUGAAAUUUUGUUUAUUGUGUUCCUGCUCAAGCUUUGUUUUAUUGCAAAUUAAUGUUUUUAAACAUCAAGUCGUUAAAUGUACCUACUGCCCCUUCUCUGCAGCACCAAACCAAAAAACUCCAAACACGAAAUACCGAAGACAGUGACUUCCACCUUCAUCAAUUAUCAUUUCAAUCUGUCCUUGGCUUUGACAUCGGUCUUACAAACAGGGGCUAUUUUCUAUUUGAAGCUUUCUUUGUUAACAGUGCUGAGUAGUCUGAUCGACUGAAUCGAUGGAUUACAUCAAUUCACAGUUGACACUAAGAGGUUGUCAUAGAGACACCUUUUUGUAGUGCGUUAUGGGAUAAUAUUCGACAAACCAUGGAGGAAGGAGGAGAACUCUCAUUCGCUAAGUGCGCUCUGCGCAGGAAACUUUAAAGUGCGCUCAACCGUAAACUUGAAAUGUGGCCUGUCUGCUGCGUACACUUGGUGGCGCACUGUAUUGUGAACUGCCCGUAUUGAACAUGAGCCAGGACGGCAGCCCUUGACAAGGGAAAAGGAACCAGCUGAGGCACUUUUAAAAAGUUGAAAAUGUACUUAUUCAUCUUUUGCUGAGAAUGGUGGAUAAUAUUAAUAUGAAAAUGUGGGUUAUUUUUUCACUUCAUGCAUUUUUCAAGUCCUGCACUUUUUGUACUUAACAUUUGAAUGAGAAAAUCUUUUUGUAUUUAAAUUAUGUUCUGUUUGGGUUUUAUUUUUGGCACUCUUUCUCUUCUUUAAAAAGCCAUGAACGCCAAACAGAAGGUUUUUAAUGUGCACCUUUCCAAGAUAUUAUCCGUAAAAGGUUCUCUCACCUAACCUUCUCCACGCAUUUGCCAUUAUUUAUGCAAAAUCUUUAUGCGUGUUAGAUUUUUGUCUUGCGCGGUUGGCGGAGAAGAGGUAUGGCAUUCCUAAGAAAUUUAAAGCGCUGAAAAACUAAUCUUUUAAUGUUAAAUUGUCAGUACGCAGAGCUACAGUAGAUCUUUAGCGACGAUGUCAAGUGCUCACAGGUGCACUUUCGUAGGGGAACGUGGUGGGGCGCGAUUUUUCGAGCCCCCAAAAGAAAGCUUGACUUCAUUGUUACUGCUGAACGCGGAAGCCAUCUUGCACGACAUUUCUUUUGUUCCACAGGGAUAUCCUGUGGAACAAAGCACUGGCGUGCACUAAGAUGGCAGCCAUGCGAACCCUCUAUAGCGUAGCAGUUAUCCGCAAAAGGCCGAGCUUUAAUAUAGCAGUAUUGUGCCGGAACACUGCUCUCUAAAUCGGAAAGAGUGAAAUUAAGGACAAGACGUUUUAGAGUGAAAAUCACUCUGCAUUUAGACUGAAAAAGGCUGAAAAUAGCGCCGUCCAGAGGAAGCUCGAGUGAAAUUUCAAUCUUUUGGAGUGAAGAAAUUUCACUCCAUUUCGUCUGGUCCUUAACUUCAAUAGGAGGGAUUGAAUUUUCACUCGAAUAGAGUGAAUAUUCACUCUUUGGAAUCUAGAGAUUGAUAGCGCCGUACACCUUAU